GUAUAUUUUUGCAAGCGAAGCGGUAUAUUUAGAAAUGUGUCUGGCGGUCACAUUGUAGAGUUCUAAAGCAUUUAUUAGAAUGGUGGGAUAAAUGAAAAUAAACAAAAAAAGCUUGAGUAUAUAAUUAAAUUAUAAUAAUAUGUCCGCAGGGGUCUCCAGCACGAGGGCAAAGGAUUAUUUGCAGCGGGUUAUCAGUCAUCAAAGCUCUGAUACUUCGGCAUCAUCCUCGGAUAGUUGUCGUUCCCGUCCGGCUUGCCUGUCGGAAUUGGAUAUCUAUGACAAUCGUCAUCACAGUCAUUACAAAAAGAAAUCCAGCCCUCAACAUCGACGUUCGCCUUCGCGUUCUGGAUCCGAAGCGCCGAGGUCUCGUCAUCAUUCCGACCGCAAGUCGGUAGAUCGCCAGCGCAUGCGUCAAGCACGCGAUCGUCCGCAGCCCAGUCGCUGCAUUGGAGUUUUUGGUUUGGCCAUUCAUACCACACAACAGCAAGUGCGUGAACUGUUUAACAAAUUUGGAAAAAUCGAACGCAUUCAAAUGGUCAUUGACGCCCAUACCCGUCGCUCGCGUGGCUUCUGCUUUAUUUAUUUUGAGAAUUUCAAUGAUGCACGCACAGCCAAAGAUGCCUGCACUGGCAUGGAUGUUGAUGGUCGUCGCAUACGCGUCGAUUAUUCCAUAACUCAGCGGGCUCACACCCCCACUCCUGGUGUUUAUAUGGGACAACCUUCACGAUCUGCAAGAAUUCGUUCACGUGACGAGGGCAGUCGGGAUGGUUCGCGUUCGCGUCGUCGAUAUCGUGAGGUGUCCUCAUCAGUAUCACCAUAUGAUUCCCAUCGCCGUAGAUAUCGUAGCCGUCAUCGUUACGAACGUAGUCGGACUCGCAGUCGUAGUCGUAGCCGCAGCUAUUCACGCUCACCGCGCAAGUCUCGUGUUACUCCGCGCUAUUAGAAAUGCUGAAGCAUGAGAAAUUUACAAAGCGAGGGUAUAGACUGAAUUACAUCCAUUUGGCGGCGCCAAUGGAAUCUCUGUUGCAGAAUUAUUUCAUCAUUUCUAAUUAUUAACUAUUUAUGUUGCACCCUCUUGUAUGUUUUGUAAAAUGUAGUUCAACCACCAAGAAGAAAACAUGUGUGUAGAUUU